CCUAGAGCGACGAUGAUAAUGUGAAAGACCGGCAAGGGCAAAUGCUGAUGGCGCAGGUAGUGAGCUUGCAGGCGCCAGUGCCGGGGAUUCGCGCAGCGGCGGCGCUGGACAAGGAUGCGCUAUCCAAGCAGCAGCAGCAGCAAUGCGCGACCAAUUUCUCGUCGCCAGGUUUGCGCUGUUCUUCCACUCAGCUCGGGCAGGGCCGGGAUUCGGCCGUGUGUAGGGCUAGGAUAGGCAGGACAUGGCCGAAUCCCAACUACAAGCCACCAGAGGGCGAUGGAUGGAACACCGGAUCGACUGGAAGCUCGCUACCGUGGAAUGAGGGCGGGGGAGGCGCUGCCCAGGCGGAUUCUCAGUGGAACAACCAAAAUGCCGCCGGAGGCAAUGGGCAGCAGCAGAGUAGCGGCUGGAACAGCAAUCCGCAAGGCUCUUGGAACAAUCAAAAUUCUGCGUGGAACAACCCGGCUCCUGGAAAUCAGAGUUCCUGGAGCAAUCCACCGGGCCAGCAGCAGGGUUCUAGUUGGAACAGCGGUGCUGGCUCGCAGCAAACUUGGAACGCUGGGAAUCAAGGUCAGAACACUGGUUGGAACAACCACGAUUGGAAUAAAAACUCGUCGGGUGGUGGUUCUUCGUCUUCGUGGAGCAGCGCUGCCAAUGCAGUGAUCGAUGUCACAAACAGCACUACUCCUGCUGCUCCCGCUCCUCCGGCUCCUCCCGCCGCUAACACUACCACUGGAACGGGAUGGAACAACCAGUUUGGAGGCAGUGCUUCCCCGAGCUUCAACUCUUCCGUAGCAACGAGUCCUGCUUCUACGACUGCUCAAAGUCCGAUUCCAACGGGAAGUACUGCUCCAAGUUCACUCUGGGAUACUACGCCGGCAUCCGAUGCUCCAAAGCUAGGUGGUGCUACCACCGUCACUGGCGAUGCCACCACCACUUCCACUCCGACCGAGUCUCCAGCGAUCGGGGGCCUCGCUCCUCAGAAGCUUUACCGCGACGAAGACGGCUGGCCCAGUCCGUUGCUGGAUCCCGAGUACAAGCCCUCGGACGAGAGCUUUUCGUCCGGGUCUUUUCGAAGCUCAUCUUUCGGGAAAGGUGUCGGGAAGACAUGGCCGAACCCAAACUACAAGCCGCAGCCUGGUGACAACUACGUCUACUCGUCUGGCGGCUCUUCGUUUAGCAAAUACGGCAGCGGGAAGACGUGGCCAAAUCCAAACUACAAGCCGGAGAUGAGUGAUGGUCGUGACAACUUCGUGUCCUUCAGCAAAGGAAGUGGCAAGACAUGGCCGAACCCGAACUACAAGCCGCAGCCUGGCGAUCCUCCGUUCGUUAGUGGCUCCGGCAAAGGUGGCACUGGAAAGACUUGGCCGAAUCCAAACUACAAGGGUGAUGAUCCGACUUAUGUCUGGGGUGGUGGUGGCAAAGGCAGCGGGAAGACAUGGCCGAAUCCAAACUACAAGGGUCCUCCCCCGAUUUACGUGACGGGAGGAGGCAAAGGUGGAGGAAAAGUUUGGCCGAAUCCAGACUACAAGGGUCCUCCUGUCGGCCCCGAGUUCGCAGGAUCCACGAAGAAAGGAGGGAAGACAUGGCCGAAUCCGAAUUACAAGGGAGACGAUCCAACGUACGUAAGGGGUGGCAAAGGCAGUGGCAAGACAUACCCGAACCCAAACGUGAAGCCACUUCCAGGAGAAAACCCAUGGAAUGCGCGGUGGUGAAUGUUAAGUGACUCAACGAGUAAUUCUCAUCUUUCUUUUUGUAUCAGCAUCGCACCAUGUAGGUACGCAUCUGAAGUUAGUCUUGGAACUGUAUGGCCUUUAGUUCUAUCUGAAUAUCAUUUGCUGUUUCUUA